AUUUUAGGAGAGAUUCUGUUACAAUAACAGACUGUAGUCACGUGUCAUAUUUAACGACGCUCCGUAAAAAUGAGAUUUACAUGAAGAAAAUGCGUAAGGAGGCUACAGUUAACAGACUACAGUUUUCGACGGAGACACCAAGCAGUUAACCAGAAGGGGGUCGGUACUCGCCCCCUCGAAAUGACAUCACCAUCGGGCAAAGGAGCAAGGGGUGGUUUAAGAAGGGACUCGUCCCAAAUCAAUGGAAAACACCCGCGCACUUUGAUAUAAACCCCGAAAGCGGCAUUAAACCAUCACAACACACCGUUAUCUGCUCGCGUGGCGGAACGAGAGCAAUAACAACAAAACAGAGCUCCUGAAGGCAACACCGACUGUAUUGGAAAGACAACGCCGCCACUUUUGUACCUUUUUUCGUCUUUGUCCUAACAUGCGUCACGCCUGAAGUGGUUCUCCCGCCCUACGUAUCCACCCCGGGAUCACCACGAUGUCCCUGCUCCUGCCCCUGCCCCUGCUGCUGUCUGCCAUGCUGGCCGUCCAAGCUGUCGCUACAAUGGAGGUGUACGUCCCCGACCUACCUGUGGUGGCGCUACACGGCAGGGAUGUCACGUUAAACUGCUCUUUCAGUCCUACCGGUCCCUUCAACGCAUCUGACGUGACAGUUUUCUGGCAGCUGACUGACACCAAGCGUACUGUGUACGGCUACAGCGAAGGACAGCAUCAGCUGGCAGACCAGGCUGAAAGCUUUGUCAACCGCACUGGCCUGUUCCCCCACGAGCUGGGCCUGGGCAACGCCUCGCUGCUGCUGAGGAAGGUGGUAGUGGCUGACGAAGGCAGCUUCACUUGCUUUGUCAGAGUAAAGGAAUACGGCAGCUCUGCUUUGUUUCUGCAGGUAGCCGCUCCUUACUCCAAGCCCAUAGUGACCUUGGAACCGGAAUCCAACCUUCGGCCAGGCGAAGAGGUGGCCCUCACUUGCAUGGCUUACGGAGGCUACCCAGAAGCGGACGUCACGUGGCAGGACGGGGGCGGCCGUAACCUGACCGAGAAUGUCACCACUUCAGUGGUGGCAAACGAGGAGGGUCUGUUCUCCCUGACCAGCGUUCUGACGGUCGUGCUGGAACCCAACAGUACUUACACCUGCCGACUCAUCAACCCGUUGUUGGGGGAGGAGGGGAAUGCCUUUGUCACCAUCACAGGUCAGAACAUCUCGUUCCCCCCUGUGGCACUGUGGGUGACCGUCGGCCUCGCCGUGUGCCUGCUGGUCCUCCUCGUGGCGCUGGCUGCUGUCUGCCGCAGGAAGAUCAAGGAGAGCUGUGAGGAGGCCAGGAGAGAAGCUGAAGAGGCCAAGGAACUAGAAGAAGAAGAGUCAAAGACAGCCAUGACUCUCCUGAAGAGCUAAGGCGAAAGACAACAAGGGAGGUGUCGCCGGGCAGCAGAUUUGAGAAAAGUCUGCCGGCCAUAAUCCCACUCCAGCCAACAGAAUCCCUCAAGGUGCUGACUGUUGCCCGAGUGGAAGACGAGUCCAUCAUCAUCAACGUGAAGCUCCCUUGAAUGUCCGUCAACACACGCCAUUAUGUACUUGUGUCCCUCCCAGCGUUUUUUUUUUUCCUUUUUUAUCAAUGGAAGACUACCACCAGCCAGUGCGAAUGCAUUACAGUGGGUCCUUGCAAUGCAAAAGACUGAAGAACUCAUCUUUUUAAAACAUGUCAAUUCUAUUUGAAGUUGCCUUCCUCGCCAGAAACGAGCCGAUCUCCGUCAUUAGUCCCAUGCUCGUUAAUUAGCGUCUGUUGCCCAGGUAACUGCUAUCUGUCAGCGUCUGCUCCCCGUCCCCCCUCUGCUAUCUCCUGGAACUAGAGGUGAUUGUAAUUGAAUGCCGGCUAAGCUCCAGUAAACUGCAAAUGGUGCAUGGGACACACCCCGGCAACCUUAUAUAAUGCAUUGUUUUCAAUGAAUACCGUGUGGGAUGCUUGAUUUUGUGCGUAAGCUGUAUGGAGGAUCGCAUUACAGGUGCAAGAGUUUACGAGUCUCCGUGCCAAAGGUUCGAGUAUGAAUGCCGAAAUCGUGCCUAUUUGCAUUAAAGACACACAGCGAAAAAAACUCUUUUUCAUUUGUGGUUCUGUAUCCAAACUCAUGAGUAACUCUUUUUAUUUUUUUCCCCUGCACUGAGCUGUGAGGCGGAUGUGCUAACCAGUCGUCCACCGUGCCGCCCAUGUUAAAAAA